CCGAGAACGAGUUUCUCUCGUCUGCAAAUCAUAGAGUUAGAAAAGAGAUUCCACCGCCAAAAAUAUCUGGCCUCUGCCGAACGAUCCGCCAUGGCUAAGGGUUUAAAAAUGACUGACGCCCAAGUUAAAACGUGGUUUCAGAACAGAAGAACAAAAUGGAGGAGACAGACGGCUGAAGAGAGAGAAGCCGAGAGGCAGGCUGCCAACAGAUUCAUGAUGAGUCUACACUCAGACUCGAACUCGAGAAACGCGUAUAACUCGCCGGACCCACUCUGUAUGAAUAACGCUUCCUUGAACGCUCUUCAGAACUUGCAGCCAUGGGCAGACGACGCAAGCCACCGGUCCAGCCUGCCUUCGCUGUCCUCGUCACCCUCGCCAAUUUUUUCUCUAGGCAACGCCAGUAGUAACACCAACGCUAAUGUUAGCGCUGAUGUCAAUAGCGGAUUUGGUCAUUUCCAAGGAAUCGGAGAUAACAAUAAUAAUAAUAACAACAAUGAUAAUAAUAAUAACAGUGUUAUUAGUAAUAAUUCAAGUAACAACAACGUUAAAAUAAACCAAUCUACUGCUACUGCAGCUACUGCUGCUGCUACGACUAACAACAACACUAAUACCGGCCUCAUUUCCAAUGCAAUUAAUGCCACUAACACCAAAAAUAACAACAACAACACACAUAGUAAUAAUAAUAACAACAACAACAAUUACAGCAACAACAAAAAUAUGCCUAACUUUCCAUUUGCUAGUUACGGCAACAACAUUUAUAACAACAACAACAUCAACAACAAUGACAUCAGCGAUGAUGACGACGACGAUGACGACGACGAAGAUGAUGGUGAUGGUAAUGAUGGUGCCGUUAAUAGCAUUUAG